AUGGCUUCCUCUACUAAAGAUCACAACGUAAGGGAUCCUGCCAGUUCUACUGACGGAACUGGUACGGACUCUCGCCAUAAUCCACAAAAUUCCUCUUUCACUAGUCAGAGUUGGGCAGACAUGGCUAAACAGCAGGAGCGUUCCUCUUUCACUAGUCAGAUUUGGGCAGACAUGGCUAAACAGCAGGAGCGUUCCUCUUUCAACGUCACUCCUACUAUCGACAGUGCGUUUGACGAAACCAACGUUCAAUCUUAUUUCACUCAAUCCACUCCCUUCCUGGGGGCUACCAAGGAUGGGCAGGCACCUUUGCUGGCAGGUCAAGUGGGGUUAUCGUAUGUUGACAGUACACAACCAAUUGCUGACUGGGCCACUGAUGGCUUUUCUCCAACAAAGCCAGUGGGAAAUGAGGAUGAUAAUAUGGGCGAGGCAGAGGCCGCGACAGACAUGGACCUCGAAAAAGAUUCGGCUGGUGAGAAGCCUAAUCCAACUCACGCUGAUGAUCAACUUCAAAGCUCCCCUGAGGCACCCAAUGGCGCUGAUGGACACCAAAGACAGUUCAACAAGGAUGGAUCUCUCAAUCCGGGAUUCAGAAGUAGAUCGGGAAGGGCUAUUAAGAGUCCUGACCGACUCUAA